CAGGUUUUCCCCCUGGGUGGCAGCUCGCGACAUGCCAGCAGCCGCCCCGCUCCGCCCGCACUCCUGCGCUGAGAGCUCCAGCGGAGCGGGACACCACAAAAAGCAUCUCCCCAGGUGAUCAAAGAAGAGAAACAUCUACAAGAAGAGCGGAAGAUACAGAGGGGAUCUCACUUCGUAGAGAUUUUUUCCCCCCCUGAAUUUGUUUUCCCUUUUUUUUUUUUCUUUUUUUUCCCCCCUUCAGUAUAUUCUCUUAUUUUUCUUUUUCUUUUUUCUUUUUCACUUUUUUUUUUUAUUUUUUAUUUUUUUAAUUUUUUGGAACCGAACAUUUCUCACCACCACCCCCCUCCUCCCUCCGAUUACAAACCAACCCAACCCCAACCUCGCCGAAGCUCUUUCCCCACCCCGACUCUGCACAGCCGUCCCCCCCCUCCCGUCGCCAGCCUCGCUGAGGAGGAGGAGGAGGAGGAAGAGCAGCGAGCGCGGAAGAUGGAGGUCUCCACGGACCAACCGCGGUGGGUGAGCCACCACCACCCGGCCGUGCUCAAUGGGCAGCACCCGGACUCCCACCACCCCACUCUUGGCCAUACCUACAUGGACCCCACGCAGUAUCCUCUCGCCGAGGAAGUGGAUGUACUUUUUAAUAUCGACGGACAAGGCAACCCCGUGCCUCCGUAUUACGGCAACUCCGUGCGAGCCACCGUGCAGCGGUACCCGACGGCCCAUCACGGCAGCCAGGUGUGCCGGCCCCCUCUGCUGCACGGCUCGCUGCCAUGGCUGGAUGGGAGCAAAGCGCUGAGCAGCCACCACAGCGCUUCCCCUUGGAACCUCAGCCCUUUUUCCAAGACCUCCAUCCAUCACAGCUCGCCAGGACCCCUCUCCGUUUACCCGCCCGCUUCUUCCUCCACUUUAUCAGCCGGUCACUCCAGCCCGCAUCUUUUCACCUUCCCACCGACCCCUCCUAAAGAUGUGUCCCCGGAUCCGUCCAUCUCCACUCCUGGCUCCACCGGCUCCACCCGGCAGGAUGAGAAGGAAUGCAUCAAAUAUCAGGUGUCCCUGGCUGACACCAUGAAGCUGGAGUCGUCUCACUCUCGGAGCAGCAUGGCCUCGUUAGGAGGAGCCACCUCCUCCGCUCAUCACCCCAUCACUACUUAUCCACCGUAUGUCCCCGAAUAUAGCUCUGGACUUUUCCCCCCCAGCAGCCUCUUAGGAGGAUCGCCUACCGGGUUCGGGUGCAAAUCACGACCGAAAGCGCGGUCGAGCACAGAAGGCAGGGAGUGUGUAAACUGUGGGGCUACCUCAACCCCUCUGUGGAGAAGAGACGGCACCGGGCACUACUUGUGUAACGCCUGUGGACUCUAUCACAAAAUGAACGGGCAGAACCGACCCCUGAUCAAACCCAAGAGAAGGCUGUCUGCAGCCAGGAGGGCGGGCACGUCCUGCGCUAACUGUCAGACCACCACCACCACCCUGUGGAGGAGAAAUGCCAACGGCGAUCCUGUCUGUAAUGCCUGUGGGCUCUACUACAAGCUGCACAAUAUUAACAGACCCCUGACUAUGAAGAAAGAAGGAAUUCAGACCAGAAACCGAAAAAUGUCUAGCAAAUCCAAAAAGUGCAAAAAGGUCCAUGACAACCUCGAAGACUUUCCCAAGAGCAGCUCCUUUAACCCCGCCGCCCUCUCCAGACACAUGUCCUCUAUCAGCCACAUUUCACCCUUCAGUCACUCCAGCCAUAUGCUGACUACACCGACACCGAUGCAUCCUCCAUCCAGCCUCUCCUUUGGACCUCACCAUCCCUCCAGCAUGGUCACUGCCAUGGGUUAGUGAGAGACUCCCCUGCUGAAUGCUUACGGUCUCAAAAUGAGAUUUACUUUAUAUACUUGCAUUUUUGCAGGCGCGUGGUUAUGGGUCUGAUGUCCCAAAUCAAAUGGGAGGGGGAAAAAAGAAAAAAAAAAAAAAGAAUAAAAAGAAUAAAAAUAAAUAUGUUAUUUGAAGGCGUAAGAAUGAAAAAAAUAAUAAUAAAAAAAGAAAAAAACUACAAAAAGCACAAAAACGGAAAAAAAAAAGAAAAAAAGGAAAAAAGAAAAAAAAAGUUUUAAAAAAGUGAUGUUUGCCACUUUUUAAAGGAACUCACUAUGGCAUCUAUGUAUUCUUACCCACUGAAUCUGGAUACCAUUUGUGAAUAAGCCAUUCAGAACUCGCAUUCCCUAUUGAACAGGAUCUCUAGUGCUGUGAACAAAAUAAAGUAAAAUAAAAAAUGCUGAACAUUGCAUAUAACUUAUAUUGUAAGAAAUACUGUACAUUUGAGGAAGACUUUAUUGCAUCUGGAGAGCUGCGAAGAAAAAGGCAUGAAGGACUCUGAGAGAUUUUUUUUUAAAGGAAAAGAAAAAAAAAAAGACGACGGGAGGACAAUUUAAAAACCAGAAAAACAAACAAUGCAGACCAAGAGGAAACGCGGUCUUAAUGAACAAAUGGACCAACUGCCAGUCAUGUCUUCUCCUUUUAUUUUAUUUUAAUUUUCUUUUUUUGUUUUGUUUUGUUUCUUCUUCAUUUCUGGGAGAGGGGAGGGGGCUGGCUAGAACGGUUUUGAUGCAUUAACUAACUAACUAACUAAAUAACUAAAUAAAUAAAACCUGUAGGGAGAUCAUUCAUUUUGGGCCAUGGGCCCUUUACAUAGGAAGUACCAAUGGUGUCAGGCAAUCAGUGUUAACAUGCGGACAUUGCCAACAAGGGGUUUUUGGAUAGCCAUUCUCCAGGUCUAUACGCAUUGUGAACAAGUUCCUGUAAUUGUUGUUUGUAUGUAUAAUUCAACGCACCAAAAUAAGAAAGAUGUAGAUUUAUUUCAUCCUAUUAUACAGACUGAAUGGUUGUACAAAUUUAUUUACUGCUAGUGAUAAGACCUGCUUUUAUUUUUGUUUUGUUUUCAUAU